AUGGCUUCUGCUCUGAUCAAUCCUCCCAACCUGCCGCCGAAGCCCAACUUCUCAUACGUCCAGAGCACUCCAAUCUCACCAACCGCAUCACUGAUCACCGUCGCGGGCCAGAUCGGCGUCGAUCCUCAAACCAACAUCGCUCCUUCAACGUUUGCUGAGCAAGUCCACGUUGCUCUGCAGAAUCUGGGAAUUUGUCUCGCUGCGGCAGGUGCCACGCCAGCGGAUAUUGUAAAGGUCCAGCACUACGUGGUCAAUCUGGAUCCGAAGGAUACUUCGAGGGGGGAGGCUUGGCUCAACUUCAUAGGUGAUCACCGACCACCGUCCACUCUUUUGGGUGUAGCAGCGCUGGCAACCCCUGCUCUGUUGUACGAGGUGGAAGCGAUGGCCAUUAUUCAACGAAAGUGA